UUACAGCCUCUAUUCGCGAUAAGCAGCCUCUAAAAGAAAACCGAGCAACGGUCCCACUGGAGGGAGACUUUUCUUUUUUUCUUUUCCCUUUCUUUUUUUUUUUUGGAGAAGACUGUAUACUCAUACUGUACUGCACUGAGGAACCACAAACACCCUCCAUAUCUAUUCAAGCGCAGCUGGAGUGACAUUUUGGCAGGUUCAUUCGCUCUCGGCUCUCUUGCUUUCACUUCUUAAAGUUUGAGACAGUGAGGGAAAAGAUGAUUUUUCAGUACGGAUAUUAAAGGCAGUAGGACUUAAGAAAGCAGGACGAUUGAGGGCACCACUAAAGUGUACAUUUCAUUCAUACGUUGUUUUAUUUUACCCCCAUUUCCAUGGCGACGGCACGGUCAUCGAUAAGCGCUCUGUACUAAGUACGCGAGGGAUUUUGUUGUCUACCUGGGGAGGAAAUCUGGAUUAACAGAUGAACUGUAAUGGCUAACUAACGCGUUUCUCUUUUUGGACUACUGUGAACGGAUUUCCAGUCCGAGAACUCCGCAGAUGAAGAUGGUUGUGUGUGGAUGCUGCGCGGCGUCCUGGAGGAGGUGUGUGGUGAUGAGUCUCAGACUGCUGUUCCUUCUCCCCGCAGGUCUGCCUGUCCGCAGUCAGGGAGAAUCCCAAUCCGAUAACAAACAGAUGGACAAUAUCACCAUCAGACAAGGAGAGACGCUCUUCCUCAGUUGCUCACAAGGGGACUUCGUGACACACACAGCGUGGCUGAACAGAUCAAGUAUACUGUACGCCGGAGAGGACAAGUGGUCCGUGGACCCCCGGGUGAAUUUGGUUACUCUGAACCAGGAUGAGUUCACCAUUAAAAUUGAGGAUGUGGACUUGACAGACGAGGGCCAAUACAUCUGCGCGGUGCAGACUAGCAGCAGACCCCGAACCACAUCCGUGCACAUCAUCGUUCAAGUUCCUCCAAAGAUUGUGAACCUGUCAAAGGACCUUGUGGUGAAUGAAGGCUCCAACGUGACUUUAAUGUGCCUGGCUAAUGGAAAACCAGAGCCUGCCAUCACCUGGAGGAUGCUAUCACCUUCAGAUGACAGCCUAAGCUCAGACAGUGAGGUUCUGGAGAUACCUUUCAUCAGCAGAUACAGAGCAGGAGUGUAUGAAUGCACCGCAUCCAACGACAUCGCAGUGGACACACAGACUGUUGAGCUCACAGUCAACUACCCUCCCAGUGUUUCAGAUGGCAGAGAUGUUGGUGUGACCCUGGGUCAGAGAGGUGUCCUGCAGUGUGAGGCAGAUGCUGUACCCGAGGCAGAUUUUGAGUGGUACAGAGAUGACAGGAGGAUCUUCAAUGGCUUUGAUGGCAUUGAGAUCGAGGAUUCCGGAGCUCUUUCAAAGCUGACUUUCUACAACGUGUCCGAGGCAGACUAUGGCAAUUACACCUGCGUCGCUAUCAACAAACUUGGGAGUGCUAACACAAGCAUCAUCCUAUACGAAAUAAUUGAACCCACUAGUUCGACACUAUUGCAAGUGGAGACGGCUUCAGUUUUACAAAUGACUUCGUCUGAUUUAAAGCAAACAGCCUUUGAAAAUGAUUUGUUGGAAGGACCCGGAGCAGUUCAGGAUGGCAACAGCGGCACGUCGACGGUCUUUACGCCCACCUGUCUACUUCUCAUCGUACUUCUACAACUCUUCCUCAAGUUUUGAUGCCGAAGAUGAUUUCACUGGAUACAAAUCAGAGUUUGUGUGACAUCGCUCUCAUCUUGAAGUCACAGAUCGUGCAUGGGUUACCGAAAAUGCCCAAAAAUGUGCAUGGGGUACCCAAGUACUUCCUUUUAAUAAAGUAAUCAUCCAUUUCUUUUUGUUUAUAAUAGAGUUUAAUAAUGUAACUUCUCUUACAUUGCUAAUUGUCGCGCUCUUUUGCCCCGCUGAAUACAGGUUUGUAUUCACUAAAAGCAAAUGACAGAGAGGCAUGUUUAAUUUUAACUAUUUAAUUUAAUUUAUUUUUUUGCGACUGUCAUUUUGAUUUAACUCUGUAACCCUUACGAAUUCAUAUAGAACACGGUGUGAUUGGGGAGUUAUUCAUUUAAGUCAAAGGCAUGCGAUAAGGAAGGGCAUAUGUCUUUUUUUUUCUUUUUUUUUGGAUUGUUGCUCUAUUUUUACUGUGUCAUAACUGUACAGCCAAUCAAAAUAAGCAGCAAAAAAGACACAAACAGGUUUUAGCUGAGUAAUAUUCACAUUAUGCUUUUUUGAGCACCAUUUAAAACACAUAAAACAAUGCGGUACAUAUCAGUAAUGUUUUGAUGAACAGAACGGCACAGUUGGACUAUGCAGAACCAUAUAAAAGCUCUAUAUAAAAUGAUUUAUUUACACCGCCAAGUAAUAAAUGACGAAAUAAUUUGGGAUAACAAUGUAUUAAUCAAAGAUGACAAAAUGUGACAUUUGGAGCUUUGAUCCCAUUCGAAAGCCCAAAGAGCAAUCUUCUAAUACCUGCUGAGUUUUAUUUUUGUUACACCGUAGUUUUUCAUAUGGUUUUUUUGUUGAAUUCUGUCCAGAGUUAUACAAACCAAACCGGGCGUUUAAAUAUUAUUUAAACACGUCAUUCCUGCUAACAUCUCUGUAUGUAUAUGCAUAUAUAUAACUUGUACAAAGGGAAAAUAUGCACACUUGUUUUUACUAAAAUUGUGAACCUGUUUAAUACAAUGCAACGUUUUCUAUUUUUUGUUAUUCCCUUUCUCUGAAGCUGUGUAAUUUAUUUCUCAAAUGGUAUUAUGGUACAUACCAGCUCAUUGCAGUUACUCAUUGUAAAAUCUGAUGUUUAAAUAUUGUGCUUUCGGAAAAAGCAGAUGAGACUCAUUUGCCCGUCAUCAUCACAUCAUGAGCAGAUGUCCUGUUAUCCUCUGUAUUCUGGAAAAAAAAAAAAAAAGUGAGAUUUGAUUUGAAGUUGAGUCAGUCGCAAUAUUAAGGUGUUGGUUGACCUCAAAUCCGCAUUACAAUUUUCCUCAUUUUGUUGCGGUAUUUGAUAGGAUGUAUGCCUAAUGUUUUCCUUUUUUUCAUUUGAAGGAAUAGUUCUGGCAAAGAUUAAAACUCUCUUCAUUUAUUCAUCCUCAUGCUUUUCCAAA